AUGGCGGCGCCGCUGCGGCUGUGUCGCGGCGUGGCUCGGCUUUGGCAGCAGCCGCUGCUCCGCCGAACGCCGCCUCGCCGGGCCGGCUCCAGCGGCGCCCGGAGCCGCCUGUACGAGCACGCGCGGGAGGGCUGGGCCUCGUGGCCGCGGCUGGACGUGGUGGGGCUGAGCGCGCGGAUGAGCGAGGCCGAGCGGGAGCUGGAGGCGCGCAAAGGGCCUCUCAAGGCGCCGGAGCUGCGCCAGCUUGUUACUGUUUGGGAGAGACUGAAUCAGGUUCAAGAGCAGAUUGCAAAACUUGCCGCAGAGAAAAACAGAGUGAGAACAGAAGCGUACAAUUUUAAGCAAAGCCAUGAUGAGAGUACUUUACAGACGCUGCCUGUUUACAAUGCCUUGGUGAAAGAGGGUGGGGAAAUCCGUUGUCGCCUUCAUGCCUUGCGCCAGGAGGAGAUCGAGUUGCAAGAGAAAUACUAUCUGGAUGCCCUAAAGCUGCCCAACCGGAUUCACCCUGAUGUGCAAUUUGGAGAUGAGAACGAACCCAGGAUAGUGGAGAUUAUUGGCGAAAAACCAGAAUUUGAUUUCAAGGUCAAAGGACACCUAGAAAUUGGAGAAAAGCUGGACAUUCUAAGGCAAAGACGCUUGGCACAUAUUUCCGGUUUACGAUCGUACUACCUCUGCGGGGCAGGUGCCCUGCUCGAGCGAGCCCUGGUCCAGUUCACUUUCUCCAAGCUGAUCAAAAAGGGUUUCAUUCCCAUGACUGUCCCAGAUUUGCUUAAAGGAGCCGUGUUUGAAGGCUGUGGCAUAUUACCUGAAGUCCACUCCUCCCUGGUGUAUAGCAUAGACCCUUCCCGGUUUGAGGAUCUGAACUUGGCGGGAACAUCCGAGGUUGGCAUUGCAGGUUAUUUUGCAGACCAUGCCGUAGCUUUGAAGGAUCUGCCCGUCAGGAUAGUGUGUUCCAGCACCUGCUACCGAGCAGAAACUCAGACCGGCAAGGAACCUUGGGGUCUCUAUCGAGUGCACCAGUUCAACAAGGUGGAAAUGUUUGGGGUCACCGCCAAUGAGACGGGCUUCGAAAGCAGUGCCUUGAUGGAGGAAUUCCUCGCCCUCCAGAAAGAGAUUUUCCUGGAGCUGGGAUUACACUACAAAGUUCUGGACAUGCCCCCGCACGAACUGGGCCUGUCUGCCUUCAGGAAAUUCGACAUUGAGGCCUGGAUGCCCGGCCGGAACCAGUACGGAGAGAUAUCCAGCCUCUCUAAUUGCACUGAUUUCCAGUCGCGGCGCUUGAACAUCAUGUACUACGAUGAGAAACAGCAGCUCAGCUUUGCGCAUACUGUUAACGGAACCGCUUGCGCGAUUCCCCGGAUGGUCAUUGCCAUCCUGGAGUCCAACCAACUCAAGGACGGCAGCGUUCAGAUCCCGGCAGUCCUGCAGCCUCUGAUGGGCGCCGAGGUCCUCACCAAACCCAGCCACAACCUGUUGAAAUACAUCGGUCCCAACCAGUCCAAGAAAGGGAAGAAACCAAUCUGGAAAACUCAGAACGAGUGA